AUGGCAACUCAGGCUGCAAAUGCUGUAGGUCAAGAGUGGCUGGCAUAUACCCCUCGCCCCCUAAAGCGCAGACGUGUUGAAAUAUCAACCCCUGUUAUGAGCCAACCGCUUCCACUGCUCGCUCCUCUCCUAGUUCCGGGUCAAGCUCCAUCGGUCUUAGAUCUAUCUCAGCCAAAGCCUGUCGAAGGAGGACUGUUGUGCGCGUAUUCCCAUACGGCGAUGGCAUCCGACUCCCUUCUCAUGCUUGGGCCUGAGUAUCACUCACGGGUCAUGGACUGCGCGGUACCUUUGUAUUGCUCAUCACCCAUGCAGCAGCUACCGCUCAUGCAGCAACUAUUGCCCAAGCAGCAGCUCCCGUUUGUGCAACAGCUGGUAGAUUUACGCCAUAUCUCACCCAUGAACCACCAACCCUUGGUUCCUCCCACCGGACCCUACAAUUUCAUCCGAGUGGACCCGGUCAGCCCUGAAAGGUUUCCCCUCGAAAGGAUCACUCGCACCCAGGCCCAGAUACAGAACCAAAAAGAGGAAAGUGCGGUGGUUCGUCUCAUGCAGUCACUGCGUAAGUGGCAAGGGGCAUAUCUCAAGGGGCAUAUCUGCAUUCGAGGACCGGAGCAGCUGUACAUGCUUGGUGCCAUAAACUUACCAUCCAAGGAAGGGUGGUGUGCGUUGAAGGAAAUGGAACGCGUCGUAUUCGCGACGACAGACAUGUUCUACGGGGCUUUGAGAAUCUGUCGAAAAGAUACUUUUGGAUCUCGGACUUGGAUUUUCACCGAAUCCAGAUACAACCUGAUGCGACAACAAGAAGUCAUCGAUUCAUUUAUUGACAUUGCUAUCGACUGUCUUGGUUGUAUUGAAUUGUCUGGACUGGAAGCUUCAUACUCCAGCAACUCACUUGUUGAAACGGCCACCGGAAUGACAAAGCUGUUCAUCGUCACCCGAUGUAUGCCUAGGUUGGCUUGGGAACAGAGCAAGGAGCAGGAGCUUCAUCCUAUCUUUGUCGCUUGGACACUCUAUAAGCGAACUGCGGACGGGGUCUCCAGGGUGCGAGACGACCCAGUCAUCAAGAGAAUUAUUGGUGACGACUGUCAGAUACGCAAGAUGUGCGAUGUCAUCAAAUCCGUAUUGGAUUAUACCUAUCCCACGGAUGAGUAUAUGAAAAUAUGCGAUAUCAAAGAUGUUUUCGACAAGAAAAUCCCGAAAUUACCUUCUCCAUCCUUCGAUAUGGCCUUUUCACGGGAAACAUCUGACCUUGGGAAACCCCAUCGUCCCCCAGAGUCAUGCUACGCAAUGGCUUCAUUCUUGUUUGAUGACUUUCCUUCCUCGGCAUCUCCUGUGUUCUUGAAUGCUGCUCAGGCACUGGUAACAAUGAGUGCCUCAUUUGCCACACCCUUCCCCAUGGCACAAGACGGUCUCCUCGGUGCAUCGUUCGCAGACUUGUACUUGAAUGGCCCACUCUAUAUGCUCCAAGAUACCGAUCAAAUCUUUGGUGCCGGCAUACUCUCCCGUUCGGGCUCUUUGGAAACCCUGAAAAGUACGGACUCAACUGAGACUCUACCUGAUCUGCCAGAUACUAGAUUCGAAGACCGCGGGGCUGACCCGAGUAUGGAGUGGGAAGUUGAUGAUAUUUUCAAGACCAUUGAAUCCGGUGGCGGCUCAUCUUCUUGCAGCUGUUGCAAUUUCACCUGUUAUCAUGAGGAGGGCACUGAAGGAUGUUGCCAUCAUUUCACUGAAUGUUCCCCUGGCAAGUGCUGUUGCUCUUGA